GUUCUAGCAUCUUCCUCGGACAGAAAUAUCACCUCCCUUCCCCCUUCUCUCUCUCUCUCUCUCUCUCUCUCUGUGCGCGAAGAAGAACGGAAAUGGCGGACGAGUACGCCCUCGACUUGGAGGAGCUGCGGCAGCUCCAGGGCAUUGCCAAGCGUCCUCGCGUCGUGUCUCUCAUCUCCUCGGAGAUUCGCAACUUGGAAAAGUUGUCAAAAGAUGCUGUUAUCGCACAUGCCUCACAGACUCCUGUGCCAAUAUCAACUCAAGCAAGGGAUCCUUCUAACCCAGCUUUGAAUUAUGUCACGCUUGCAUCUUUCAGCUAUGAUCAGGAUAGUGACAAAGUCAAGAUUUAUCUUUCUCUGGAGGGAGCUGAUCAGGAAAAGAUUGAAAGUGAGUUUAAGGCAAUGUCAUUUGACUUGAAGAUCCAUGAUGUUCAAGGGAAGAACUAUCGCUUUACCAUACCCAAACUGAAUAGCAAGAUUGUGCCAGAGAAAUCUAAGGUUAUGGUCAAACCGACAAGAAUAAUUGUGACAUUGUUUAAGGCCUCAAAGGGGAACUGGUUAGAUUUGCAGUUCAAGGAGGACAAGCUAAAGCCUAGUAUUGACAAAGAGAAAGAUCCCAUGGCUGGAAUUAUGGAUUUGAUGAAGAACAUGUACGAGGAAGGAGAUGAUGAAAUGAAGAAGACAAUUGCAAAAGCAUGGACGGAUGCCCGAUCUGGCAAAACAGCCGAUCCUCUGAAGGGAUAUCGUUGAAAUUAAACAUGCCAUUGUUGGGCUGAGAUCAGGUUUCUGUCGAAUUUUGCUUAGUUUUGUGACAGUUUGCUGAGGCCUCAGAGCACUUUUGCAAGAGUCCUCAUGAACUUUUGGUCUUCUAUGUUAUUGUGCAUCUUCUGCCAUCAUCAUGUAUAUCUUCCCUUUAGAUGGAUGGUGAUCAGAGCCAUCCUCAUGAUAGAGUGAUUUAUUUUCGUAACA